AUAGGUCCACAACAUUGGGUUAUGUGGCAAUUCGAGGAGACUUGGAUGUGCUUGAUUUUGUGCGUGAGAUACCUGCAUCAAGGGUUCACGGUUUGUACAUCACAGAAAAUCCAGAACCACAUAGAGAUACUGAAGCCUCUGCAGAUGUAUUUAACUUUCAGAAUUUGCUUCAACCAGAAUUGAUACAUGUAGAUGUACAAGAUGAUGUGAACAUUGCUGAUGGUGCCGAUGAUGAAGCUGAAGAGGAAGAUGAGGAGCAGCAGAUAGAUAAGGAAGAAGCUGUAAAUGUUGAUGCAGAGGAUGAUGACGAAGAGCGCCUGCAGUUCAUAGAUAGUGACUAUGGGCAAACAGAUGAAGAACAAGAGAGACAAAAGGGAGCAGAAGAUGACACAUGGUUUGAUACGCAUGUAGUGAAGGAAGCUGCUGAAGAACCACAGAGAGAACCUGGUGAAGUUCCAAGUGAUGACUACAAUUCAGAGGACCUUCUAAGUGUUUCAGAAGAGGGAGAUGAAGUUGAUGAAAAUCCAGGUGUGAAAAAGGUUAGUCGUAGACGAAAAGCUCCUAGGUUCAAGCAAUUCAAAAGGGAUACUGAUUUAUUUAAUCCAGUAUUUCAUAUUGGCAUGGAGUUUGCUAACAUGGAACAAUGUAGGGAGGCCAUAAGAUUCUAUGCAGUUUCAAGUGCUAGGCCACUGAGAUGGGUGAAGAAUGACCCUCACAGGGUUAGGGUGGUGUGUGGAAGUGGAGGAAAGGCUAAAAAAAGGGUUUAGGAAAAAGAAAUGCAGAAAAGAAAAAAAAUGUGUACAAAGUGCUGAAGAUGAUGGUGGAGAAGAAAAUGGAGAAAAUAGUGGAGAAAAGGGUAAAGAAAAGAGGGAUGUCAAGUGUGAUUGGCUGCUAUAUGCAUCUUAUGUGGGCAAAGGGCCUACUACUAGGAUCAAGACAUAUCAACCAAAGCAUUCAUGUGGAAGGAUGCAGAAGACCAAGUUUGCCACUUCUUCUUGGCUUGCUCAAAGGUUUGAUGAGGAUUUGAGAGAUAAUCAUAAUAUGUCUGUGACGGAUUUCAUGAAGAUUGUGAGGAAGAAUUAUGGCAUAGAUAUCACUGCAAACCAGUUUUACAAAGCCAAGAGCAUAGCUAGAGAGAGAAUACAUGGAAGUAUUGAAGAACAGUACGCAAAAUUGUGGGAUUACUGUGAAGAGUUGAAGACAAACAAUCCAGGCAGCACUGUAUUAAUCAAGACUGAUUUGCGUGGGGACAACCCAGUAUUUAAAAGAAUAUAUAUAUGUUUGGGAGCAUUGAAGAAGGGCUUUAUUGCAGGAUGCAGGCCAGUUGUGGGUUUCAAUGGUUGUCAUGUGAAGGGAACUCAUCCAGGACAGAUUUUAUCUGCAGUUGGUAUUGAUGCGAAUAAUGGGAUGUACCCUAUCGCAUUUGCUGUGGUUGAAGUAGAAAAUACCGAGACUUGGACAUGGUUUAUGGAUAUUUUCUUCGCUGAUGUUGGGUGUGAAAAUGGUAAUGGUUGGGUGUUCAUGUCAGAUAAGCAAAAGGGUCUGGGGCAAGCCAUUAGGGAUUUGAUGCCCACUGCUGAACACAUGCAUUGUGUUAGACACCUCCACAAUAAUUUUAAGAUUGCUGGUCACAGUGGACUAGCAUUGAAGCAAAGAUUGUGGGCAGCAGCUAGAUCAACUACAAUACCCACAUUUGAAGCUGAAAUGGAGAAGAUGUUAUCUCAAUCAGAUGCAGCUUACAGAUGGCUUCAGGAAAGGCCAGCAAAUCAUUGGAGUAGGUCACACUUCAGUACUCAUUCUAAGUGUGAUAUGCUUCUUAACAACUUGUGUGAGUCUUUUAACUCAGCUAUUAUUGAAGCAAGGGAUAAGCCUAUUCUGACCUUACUAGAGAGAAUUCGAAGUUAUUUGAUGCUAAGAAUGGCUAGACUUAGAGAAACUGUUUGGACACAUGAUGUUGGUCCUAGGAUUUUUGGAAUUGUUGAGAAGCUAACAACUGAGAGUGCUCAAUGCAUAGCAUCAUAUGCUGGUGGGGGGAAAUAUCAAGUUAAUAACAUCCAUGGUGGAAUGUAUGUAGUGGAUUUGGAGAGGCACACCUGCACUUGCAGAAAGUGGGACUUAUGUGGAAUCCCUUGUUCACAUUCUAUGGCUGCAAUUGCCAGAACAGAGAAGAGCCCUUAUGACUUUCUACAUUCACUUUACAAAAGAGGUGCAUAUGACAGGGCUUAUGAGAGUUAUAUAUCUCCAAUGCCUAGUCAAGAAUACUAGAGAAAAACAGGUCAUAGACCUAUCAAGCCACCUCUUUACCACAAACAACCGGGAAGGCCUAGAACAAGUAGGCAAAAGGAACCUGAUGAGAUACGAAAAAAUGCAACAAAGCUGAAGAGAUAUGGGAUUCUCAUUUCUUGUAAAACUUGUGGAGGUGAAGGUCACAACUCUGCAACUUGUGGAGCUGAAGGUCAUACUGGAGAAAGAGGUGGAAGACAGGAACAAGCUAGAGGCAAGGGAAGGGCAAUAAGAGUUCGAGGCAGGGGAAGGGGAACAAGUAUGCCAAGUGUUCCUGUCAGACAACCAGAUCAAGCUGACACUUCAAUCCAAGAUAGACCUAUUAGAAGAACAAAGCUUGGGGCGAGAAGAGGGGGGCAAAUGUCUGAACUAACAAGGCAUCUUGCUCAAACUGGUGCUACCUUACCAGGAAUUCAAAUUGGGCAUGCUUCUCAACCAAACUCAGAAAAUGUACCUCUACUGAAAAGACCAAGGCCAUGGAGAGUGUAGCUGAGAUUUGCUGAUUUUGGUUUUUUGGAACACCAAAACAUUAGGACUGCUUAUG